UCAGUCUGGCUAGCUAGCUAUCUACUCAUAUAUACAUAAUAUGUAGUGCAUAAUAAUGUAAGCUCAAUAGUAAAUACAGCAGUGGUUAUUGUAUAACCAUCUUCCCUAGACAAUAUAGAAAAAUAUAGCAUUUCAUUGGCACCCCAAGAGCCGCUUUAAAAAAAAUGAGGUACGUGGUUCGUAAUUUUAAUAUAUCAGAAAAGGAAACAAGCUGCCUGCGUGCAUUAAGCACGAUAACGUGGAGCCAGAGCUAGAGCUUAGACGAUCAUGCAUUGCCUUCGAACUCCACUUCAGGCACAACUAAUCAAUUGACGAUAGUCUCCUUGUCACUAUUAUCCUUGGAAUACUAUAUCUACUGAAUAAGAAAAUAAAGGAUAAAAAUGAUAAAUUCAUCUUUAUUGAUCAUUUCGGGAAAUUUGUUAUAUAAUUAGGUACAUAAAUACACAAAUACAUAUAAGCAUGAAUAACACGCAACAUUACAAAGAGACAAUUCACACAUAAUUACCGUUGCUGGUCGCCGCUGUGCAGCACCCUGUUUUAAAGCGAUGGUCACCGUGUCUUGCAAAAGGACUCUUCCCAGUAACUGUCCACCUAAAUGCAAUUUCAUCAACACAUGUUUGACGAAACUAUGAGCCUGAGCUAACUGACAAAUCUGCCACUGGAGGACCCCCCCCCCCUUCCCCAAUCCCCUCCUCCUUUUUCUCAUAACUGCUUUAGGGAUUCCCGGAAACUUUUACCAACGCAGUUUUGAACUUAUACUGAGCGCCGGACGCUCAUAAUAUCUUAAACAGUGGGAUAAUAGAGGACUGAUUUCAUUCUAGAGUGUUUUAUAACAAUGUUAACUAUCGAAACCUACAUUUUUGUAAAUUCUUAAGUUCUAAAUUGUGAAAAUAUGGCAAACUUGUGCUCUUAGGGGUACUGAAUGCUGCCUUCAUUUUAAAUUUUGAGUCCUAUAGAGUCAGUGGUUUCUUACGAAAAGUUUCGCUAAUGUCGACUCCACCAGAAUUAUAUGCAUGUAUAUAACAGGUUUAAAUUUACACAGAAUAUCAAACACAUCUGCAUGCAGGCGGUGUUAUUUCUUUUUCGGUAAAGGUCUAGAUGGGGUCUUCCUUCUUAAUAAACAAAAAUCGUCUUUCGUGCAUGACGUCAUAGCUGCCCCAAUAUUGGUUGCACUGAUAGUGGAAACACCAGGCGAGCAUAAUAGGUCAAAUAGGUCAGGAAAAAGAUCUCAUCUGUGCCGUUGUCACUUCUUCUGUGAGUCCCUCCCCCCCCCCCCCCCCCCCCCAAAUAAAAAAAAACGUUUCUGCUUGGCGGUUUGCGAUAAACCACUGCACUAAAUUGAAAAGGAAUCACAUCUGCAGUGUGCGCGUAAGUGGAGAGGAGGCGGGCCAGAUCGAUGUGUAGAAAACACCAACAAAUCAGCCACCUGCCGGCAACCCCGCCUGGUGCCUGAGCUUUUGACUAAUAUCUGUGUAUCUAGGAUUUCGUCGUAAAUGUUCAUCAGUUAUGAAAUCACAAAGAUACAUGAUGAUGACAAACACAUAGACUACAUCUGUACUGUCUACGACAAUGGGUUCGUAGUGAUUUAGGAUUGUGUGUGUUUUAUUAUUACACUGGAACUCGUGACCUGACAAAUGCUUUCGCACUGUGGAGUUCGAAGUAAUAAGGAACCAGUUAUAAAGACAAACUAACAGUUGGUGUGAUAACGAACAAACUCUCGUGCUGAUCAUCGUUUUCCGCGUCAAAAGGCUCAUUGUGAUUUAGUGACUCGCGCUUCUGUAACUAGGUGGUUAAAAUUGAAAAAAGACUUGAGGUAUGCUCGUAGCCUCACCAAUACUUGAUGAGAUAACAAAUAGAUACACCUGAUCCCCGUUGUCUACUAUUAGAAGCUCAUAGCCAUUCAGAAUUGUGCAUGUAUACGGUAGGAACUGUGAGCCAAAUCAUUCUCCUGCCUGGAACCUGGGCAUAAGACUUAAAUUGGGGAUUCUUUAUUUUUAGUUUAGUUUUGGUAAGUGCUUAAUGGCACUUGCACAACAAUUAGGUCAUAUAAGAGCCAAACAAUUAACUGUGUUGCUAGAGAGAGUAACUUACAAAGAAAAGCAGUUGUAGAGAUAAUGGAGACAGAUGCUUGAUAUGAAAGAAGGAGAAAAUCGCACCACAUUGCCCACCAACGACCUACGCCUACGCUUGUGUUACUUAACUGUCGGAAGUCAAAAGACACCUGUUAUGCAGACGCUAAUGCUUGGUUUGGUUACGAAUAACUAGACAAGAACCAUAUAGUAUGCGGCAGUACGCUCACCGUAGCUAAGAAUAAUAAUGUUAUAGAUCCAGAGUCUAUUGCAACAUUGGAUGCGUCAUCCACACCAGACGUAGCAUGGAUCUUGAAAGAAGUUCUUUUCACAAUCCUUUUAUUAUAAUGGGCUCUACAUCUGGAGGAUUACAUUGGUGUUUGUGCUUUGCAGCGAUUAUUUCAGGCAUCUUUGGUGAGACGCAAAUCCAGUACGUUCUAGCGUUCCCAAAACAUGUCAAACACGCCGUUGCUUCAUUGGCCAUCUCGCCUCUCUCACAGGACUUUGUUCAGAACGUCGAGGUCACUGUAACAGCACCCGCACGUAAGACUUCAUCAGGUGAAAUACAGACUCAGAAAUAUUCACACAACUUUACGUCCGUCUCAAACGAGCAAUGGCUGCUUAAUCUGGAGCAUUUGGUUCAUUUCAAGAAAACUGGCAUAGGGAAAAAACAGGGAAUCAUAGUGAACUCCACCUCUCAGGUUGUCGUCCAGGCAAGAAGUUUGAAACUUGAAAUACAUGAAUCUACCAGCAAAAGUGCUGGAGCGUUCAAUGUCAUGCCCGUCAGUUUGCUAUCCUGUGAAUAUUUAGUGGUCACCGAAAGUGUACAUUUGUCUUCUUUCCUUCUCGUCGUGAACUCAGAAGGAUUCAAUGAUGUCACUAUCGAGUUUGCCUUCGAACCCGCUGAGAGUACUAUCACUUACAAAAAGACAACAAUUUUCUAUUCUGGGCAGUAUUUACGAGAGUCUCUGGAGCCUUUAGAUGUUCUGCAAAUCUUGGGUGAAGGAGCUGACCUAACAGGUACUUGGGUCAGGGCAGAGAGCCCUGUAGCUGUCAUCGCUGGAGCGAAUUUUGACUGUGUUUUUAUAAGGACUGUCCCGUGCAAUUAUAAAGAUAUGAUGAUAGAGCAAUUGCCUCCUGUGUCUGCUUUAGGGCAAGACUAUGUUUUAGCACCUUUUCGUAAUGACGAUAAAGAUUCUCUCAUCAAAAUUGCGUACGUCUCUCCGUCUACAACUCUUUCCGGUCUGGAGCAUAUCGAGAUGAAAGAAAACACUUCUAAAAAUACUUCUACAUUUUUCUCAUUUCAGUUAGGAGACACAGUUACGUACCUGCACGCCACUGGUCCUAUCUUAGUUCUACAGUAUUUUAUGCCACUCUUAAAUGGAACAGGUAAAAGCCAUUUUGAUUCGUCCUGUGCAGUGCUAUAUCCUAUACCUGAGUGGAGCACUCAUUCAGAGAUUGCUAUGUUUGAUGACACAAAUGUCCACAUUUUGAUUACAGCGCUAUGCGAAUGUAUAAUAGAAAUUAAUGUAAGUGUGCCUAUUGGAAAAGUGUACACAUCAUCUGAACCGCUUGAAGUGCUAGAGACUCAUCGCUAUUGCUCUAGAGAAUUUUUCAUCACUACAAUUACAACUGGGAAUAAAAUCAAAGUGAAUGGUGAGCGUUGUUCUUUCAGUGGUUCCAUGUUUAGUGCUGAUAACGCUGUCCUCGGCUGGGCUGUUUCACUUCCAACUUACAAAUCUUCUGACGCUAACACUGAGUCGUGUGAGCGUCAUUUGACGAGUACAGAGGUGACGACGUCUCGCGACAAUCAUACACAGACUUUAGAGGAAACGUCUCAAGUCCCAGUUUCAAAACGUCCAGGGAAUUUGUGCCCGUGCACAUGUCUCCUUGACUCUAAGAAUUUUCAGGACUUACUAAAUGAAACAGUCUUGUCCUCGAAGAUUGCCAUCAUCCAGAGGUCUCUCCACGUACCUAAAGCGAACCUCUCCAGAAAACUUAGGAGUAAAACAUCCGCUAUAGACCCCAGACCGUCCUGCACUUCAGUUGGUUUUGUCGUGUUUGCCUGCACGUUUUUGCCAGUGUUUGGGAUUCUAGUUUUUGAUGAUUUCUAUAGGAUAUGGCAAUUUCUUGUCCACAGAAAGACGAAAUAACAUUGGAACAGAACAUGCACACCAAAGAAGUUGAUAGGCAUGCCUUCAUUUGUUUCAAAGGGUUCGUAAGACGUUCCACUGUAAUUUUGUUCGUUGAAGAACGAUGAAGGACGCAGUUUUGUAAGAUUCAUGCGUCUUUGUUCAGGUAGCAUUGGUUAUCAACUAUGUGAGUACCUCUGCACAUAAGAAUGGAUACAGUAGCGAUGACACAGAAGGAAUCAUUUAGCCAAAAAAUAAAUCAUUUAAUUAGGAUGGGGUGGGAGAGGAAUCUGCAGUAUUAACAUAUAUUAAAGAAAGUAUCUAUAGUAUGAACGUAAUAAAGAUUUCUGGUAUAUUAACACAAUGAAAGAUUCAUCUUGUAUAGGUAUAUAGUGGACGGUAUUGGAAGCAAGAACACAAUAAUAUUGGGAUUUUGUUAUGGCAAUAACACAGUUUAAGUUUUUGGAACUGGAAAAUGUUCGGAAGAAUUAGCACAAUUAGUUGAUCAAAAAGGAAAAAUGAACGCAAUUUUUGUACCGUUAACACUGAUGAAGGUAUCAUGAAAGAUUUCAGUAGCAUUAACUAAUAUGUUGUAUUUAUUAACUCAUUGAAAGACAUUAAAAAAUUUAGUACAUUGUGUUUGCUUUUUAAGAAUUAACACAGUUUUUGUAGCAUUAACGCGAAAGAAAGUGUUGGUAAAACAUUACCACAACGGGGGUAUCAGAAGCAUUGAUAUUACUGGGGAGUUUUUGCAGAAUAAAUGCAGUUGAAGGUUUUGUUACCCCAAAACAACUGAGUGUUUCUACAUCAUAACAAUUUAAAGAUUGGUCUCAUUGGCCACACCAGAAGGCACAAUUCAGCUCAAUUCUAUUUUCUUCGUUUUGUCGUUAAGAAGUUUCAAAAAUUCUCCUCAGCCAAAUCAUGGGUCAUCGUUAGACAUUGACAAUUAUUUACUACAUAGGGAUUAACACAGUUUUUGUGACUGGCAAUUUCAGUAGCACCAACAUAGAGGAUGAUAUUCUGAGCAUUAAUGCAAAAGGAAGGUUUCAGAAGCAUUAACACAUAGUAAGAUAUUUAAAGCAUUAACACAGAUUAAAAUAAUUAAUUCAGCAUUAACAAAGGGCAUGGUAUUUAUAGCAUUAACGCAUGAUAAGGUAUUUGUAAAAUUAACACUGGCUAAUGUAUUUGUAGCAUAAACAGAGGCUACGAUAUUUGUAGCAUUAACACAGUGGACGAUUUAAGUAGUAUUGACUCACUGUAAGGAUUUAGAAGCAUUGGGACAAUGUGGGGAGCUUAUGUAGAAAUAACAACAGCUAAAGGUUUUGUAUGAAAGUUUCCUUAGCAUUGAUAAAACGGAUAGUAGUUGUAGCUUUACCAUGAGGAACGAAAUACAGUCGAAUCUGCCUUAACGUCACCCCUUCCACAGGUUACUGUACGAACCUCCACUGUUUAGUAACGCCAUUACUUUUUCCUUCUAAAUUUAACCUGUCCACAGCGGUCCUUGUCCAACACAGCCACGUUCAGUCAUUUUUGAGACAAGUCGGUCUCAGAAAGUGCUCAUAGCGGUCACUUGCUACAAAGGUUUUCGCUAACCUGUCCUCAGGAAGAAUGUCUUCGUUCAAGGAAUGUGAGGAAGUUCGUAUGAUAGAAAGCAACAUUGAUGGAAAUGAACUAGAGAGAUUUUUUUAAAAUAAUAAAUGUCAGCUUUUAAACAACCAAGUCUUGUAAGGGACCAUAAGUCAGACCAUGUCCACAGCGAACUUUUUGUCUAUGUCCGUUACUUUUCUCUGUGAUCUUGAGUGAGCGUUAUGAGCAGGUUUGGGUGUAUGUAGCUUUAAAAUAAUUAUAAUGGGAUGGCACUAUGGAUCAGACUGUAGUCGGAGCUACGUCUUGCAGGAGUA